AUGACACCUGCAUUUGAAGAUACAACAGCUCUUAAAGGAACAAUCGAACAAUUAAUUGAUUUUCUUGAGAAAAACAAAUCAAAGUUCAUAGAAAUACAAAGAGUUCUGGCGUAUGGAGGCUACAAAUCUCAAUCAAGAGUUUUUUAUUCAUCAUUGGUUGGACUAGAGGUUUCAUUAAAGAGUUUGUUAACAACAUCAAAAGGACAAAGUACAACAUUUUCACCUGACAAAGUUUUGGAAUUAGAAUUAAAUUAUAAAAAUGAUAUUGAUCAGAUCAAAACAAACAAAAAAUCAAUUGGUUAUGCAGAUAUUAUAUCAUUAUAUACGAAUCCAUCGAAAACAGCACAACUUUCAGCAUCAAAUAACAAAAAUGAAAAAGAAAUUUUCGAAAUUGCAAAAAAUUCUUUAUCAAAAGUCAAAGUUUUGAUGAAUACUAUUACCGAUUUAAGUGAGAAAACAGUUCCUCUUUUGCAAACAAUACAAAACUAUCUAAAAUCAGUUUGGCCAGCAUUAGAUUUUCAAAAAAAUACCAAAAAAUCACAGAAAAAAUCAAUUUUUUCAAAUGAUUACAAUGAAUUAUGUUCUACAUUUAACUUAGUUGUUGAAGGAAUGCAGACAGCGAUAUUAAUACCUAUUAAUGAUAUUCCUUUGCGUGAAUUAUGUUUCGAAACAUUAAAUUUGUUAAAUUUAAUUUGUAAAAAUUCAGUAAAGAUAAUUCCAAAGAAUAUACAAUUGUUAUGUGAUAAAUUCAAGAAAUUACAAGGAGAUUUUUCUGUAGAAAGACUUUUUAAGCUGAAUUUGCAAAAAUAUGUUGAUGAUUUAGAAAAAAAUAAGAAAGAAAUAAUGAAAUUGGAUUCUUCAAAGAGAGAAUUAUGUUUUACAAGGCAAAUACCUGUUUUAAUUGAAUUUCUCAAAACAAUUUCAUCAAAUAUUUUGAGUUUCAAAAAAGAAGACUAUGAAGUUAAAGAUUCAAACAUGGAUUUAGCGCAUGCUAGUGAUGGAAUAUCAAAAAUCAUAUUUUCUUUGUCAGAAACAGAAUUUAAUUUGAAUUCUUUUUAUUUAAUGAACAUUUUAGUUAGAUUAAGAGAACAUAUAUCAUCUAUUAGAUGUGGCGUUAUAUUUGAUACUCCAAAAGACUUUUUAAGUACAAUUAAAACUAUUUAUGAUCAAAUUUCUGAUCUUCAAAGAUUAGUUAAAGUUUUCUGUCCUUUAACGACAAUAAAACCAUUUAUAAGUUCAUUGGAAAUUGUUAUUUGGAAGUUAAGUCAUAUGAAAGGAGAUUACAAGAAUGAUGACCUUUUAAUUUCAUCUUUGAAUGCAGCAAUUGAACAAAAAUUCAAAAUUGAAGCAAAACUGUGA